AUGCCAACGCAACAACGGCUGCCGACGGUACCUUACCAGUCAACUGCCCCAGCUGCAGCGCCAGGGCCGGUGCAUCGGCCACCAUUGAUUGCAACUGCGCACCCUGAUGUCCCGGGUGCCCAGGCACUCCCCAUUGCACCAAACCCCCCAGCAAACCCGUCGGUCAAAGUUUCCCCACCUGCAACGGCGCCUGGCGAGCCCGUACAAUUAGUCGCAAAUGCACCGGCAGUGGUGUCUGUACUGUCGACUGCGCCAUCGCUGCCGGCGACGGCGCCGCAGCUGCCACCCACUGCCCUCCUGCCACUGCCCACUGUCGGAGGUGCUCUGGCGGCCGGGGGAGCAGCACCGCCGCCGCCGCCGCCGCCGCCAUUAACCCAGCAGCUUUCAAGCACAACGGUGCAGAAGGAAACCCGGCUGCCCGCCCAUGAACAGACUUCGACCAGCGGGACGGCUCCCGUCGUGGUGGCGGGGACCCCCACACCAGGCGUGGCCACGCUGGUCCCCGGAGCGGCAUCGGCAGACCCUGCCCGUGCGGCCCCAGCUGCACAUGCUGCCGCCACCGUGGGCGCGGCGGAGGCGGAGGCGGAGGCUGCAGCAGCAGCGCUGCAGGGUUGUCUGCUGCCCUUCCGUUCCUUAGACUCGCGGCACAAGGAGCUCCGGAUCCGGGGGGUGAUCGCACUGGCCAUGUCGCAGGUGUGGAAUGCGUGCUUGCGACAGCACGGCCAGUCACCGGAGACCCAGGCGCCGGCAGGGAAGUCACACGCGCCGCCGGUGAACGCGGGCACGUUCUCGCUAUCACGGCUUCAGCUGGUGCAAUUCGGCUGGACAACAACCCAAUUGGAUGAGAAGUACCAGGAGCUCUUCCCGCCUCAUCCGCCUGGCAGGAUGUCUUACAGCAGUACGGCGAUUAUGUACGACAAAAUUGGUAAGAGCAUCGCGAUGCGCGGUCUGAGGACACGUCCCGGCGGCAACGGCGGAGAGGUGGUGUUGACACCGUGCGUCGGUUGGGGUGACGAGCGGGUGACGGAGAUGCAGCGACUGAGGGCCGAGUUGGCGCCUUUGGAGGAGGAGGCGAGGCGGCGCCAGGAGGCCCAAGAGGAGGCCGCUAGGCGCCGCGCUGCCCCCCGCAGCGGGCUCUGCUGCGGCCCUAGCAACACGGAAGAGCGGCGGGAAGCGCUCGGUGGGGGGCCGGCGGGCGGGAAGCGGCGGGCGGCUUCGGAGGUAGAAGUGGAGGCGGCGGGAGUGGAGAAGUCGGACAACCUGCCCUGGCCCCUGCGGGAGAUCCAGUGCCGCAUCUGCCAUUACCUUCGGCUGGUCAUGCGGCCGCUGCUCGCAAGCAAGGACCCCACACCGCUGCCAGUGGCGGAGGUCCUGCGUGGCCUGGAAGCCGCGGGGGAAAUUACGCUGGACGACAAGACGUUGGCGGCAUUGGGAACAGAUAGCGUGGAGGCGCUGUUCGCGAACUUUAUGAGGGAUGUGGUGACGCUCCGGAGGCGCAGCGCCGACGGCGUGGUGGGGGUCGUGCCGUCAGAGGUCUACAGGCGGGAAGAGGCCGACAACCGCGGAUUGCACAUGCGUUGCUCGGGGGUAACCAGCCCGGCGCGAGGGGAGAUGUGGUCACUGCCGUCACCGCAGCAGCGGCACGGGCAGCAAGAGCCGUCCAAACGACAGCGGCAUGAGAGAGCAGCGGGGGCGGGGGCCAGGGAGGACGCCCCGGGGGCCGCGACGGCCGCCGCCGCCGCCAUCGAACCCGGUGGGCAGAGACCUGGACGCCACGGCCGCGGCAGCGAGGGAUCCUGGUCCCUGCCCAGUGCCUUCCCAGAUACUAACGGCCUGCACAAGCUACAGCAGCCGCACCGACAGCCUUGCAGCAACGCCGCCACGGCACACAGCAUGGGUGCGGCGCAUCAGGCAGCUCAGCCGCCGCCGGCGCCGGCGGCAGCCGCCAGUACUUCCGCAGGUUCCCUGGCCGCCACUGGUGACUGCUCCGAUAUCCUGACACAGCCACAGACACAGUUAAUGCCGCCGCGGCCGCCGUCGCGGGCAGCAGCGGCAACCGCGGCCGCUGCGAGGCAGGGUGCUGGCUUACCCGCAGCUCCUUUGCGCCGCGAGUGGCAAACCGUGGGCGACAUGAUGCCGGUACGGAUUGAUCUGUGGACCUUGGCUCAGGCGGAGACCCAGGGCGCUGACUGCGUGCCGACGUGUCGGGCGGCGGGGUACGACACGUGCUGGCAGGUGACCGGUUACCGGGAAAGCCAGGUACUUGCCUCUUGUUGGGGCGCCACCCGAGAAGCCGCCAUAUCGGCACUGCGGCAGCACCUGGUGGACCUGAUCUCCACCUUGCGAUGA